AUGCUGCAAAAUGCUGCAAAAUGCUGCAAUUUGCAGCAACAUACUGUGCGCAUAUCUGACACGACCAAUCGCCUCCUGCGGGCGUCUGCGGAUGUCUACCCCCGGCUCUCGCGCCCCCCGCCGCUGAUGGCUCCUGGCAGGCCAGGCCCUGCCCUCACCUUCAUCCCGAGCCCGAGUUUCAGCGGGGCGCGAGCAUGGGUCUACAGCGCAGGGCGCGUUGCGAGCGCGCAGACCUACAAUUCGCAAGCAGCGACUAGAGAAUACGCACUAGGUCUAUGUUCUAAAGCAGGAGGAAUUCAAGGUAGUAUUCUCGCCCGCCUGCCUGCCUAUCUGUGUGCGUUCUGCGAGAGGAAGCAGUACCACAACAGCAGCACUGUUAUAAAGGAGAAGCUGCUGCUCUUCCUAGUUAAGGAGCGCUUAGUUCGCGCCUACAUCACAGCUAUUACUAACCUCUGGCGAGAGCAGAAGGCGCUAGGCAUAAACAGCCACCCAUCGCCGCGCGUAGACAGUGUAAGGGAGUACCUUAGAGACACGCUGCUUGACGGCUACACUGAGGACGAGUUUAAGCGGCUCUGUAGCGAGCUGUGGACACAUAGCGCAGACGCGAGCUUGUCCUUAGCAACAGUAGAGUGUCACUUCCGUACGCUAGUCAAUCUCAUGCUGGGCCACUACAUGCUCACGCGCGGAGGCGACCGCUGUUCUGCAGAGAUUUUAGACCUGAAGCUAAUCCUCUGCAUGCUUAGCAGCCUAGCCUUCUACCUGCUCUAUUGCUGGGACCUAGGCGACAAGCCCUUUCCUGACUUUACACGGGCAAUUGUACAGCAGCCUUCUCCUAUAACUCCUAGCGCGACCAGCCUGCUGCUCUACCUCAGAGAGUGUUCCAGCACAGGGCGUACGCCGCCUUCGCUUAGGACAUCAACGCGUCUCUUGACGCAGAGGCAGCUCCUAAACAAGCAGCGGAUAAGGGAGCUUAAGAGGGAGCUUAAGGAGGAGCUUAAUCACCCUUAUGUUCCGCCUGGAGGCGUCGCAGGCGCAGGGCGGCACACAGCAGCUGCGCCGCCGUCGCUGGCAGACGUAGAUUCAAGCAGGUAUACCUCUGCCCAAGCCAGCAUCGCGCCUACGCCGUCUGCGCGCUCGCCUAGCCCAUCGCCUCUGCCAGCAGCACUUGAGCUUGCGCCUGAGCUAGAACCUGCACCAAAGCAUCGCAUGUGCCGCGCUACAGUAGGCCUGCAGGGCCAGCCUUCUAUCGCUAAGCUAGACAGGCGCUGGGGGAACAAGACUAGCAAGGAGGCGGCCAUGUGGCAGGUGAGCCAGCAGCAGCAGCAGCAGAGGGUCUUGCUGGACCAGCUCUGCAAGCAUCUCAGAGUCGCUCAGAAGGAGAGCAAUCGCCCCUAG